UAUCUUCUCAAUAUUCUUAACCAUUCAAAAUUUUUACCCAAUCUCUCAUCAUUAGUCAUCAUUCUUAUUGAUCGUUGUCAAGAUCCAAAUAAAAUUUAUCAACAUAUAUUUCGUUUGCCAGUAUUGAAAUAUUGCAGAAUAUCAUUGAAAGAAGAAUAUUUCAAUCAUUUUUCAUUAUCUAUUUCAACAAAUGUAACAAGUCAUAUCCAACAUCUUGUCAUUGAUCAUAAUUUUUCUCUUCAUAAUCUCAAUGCUUUAUUAUCCUAUGUUCCUCAAUUACGUUGUUUAAUAUUUCACUGUCUUGAUGGAACUCAUAGCAAUAAAUCAGAAAUAUUUCCAUGUUUAUCAAAUAAUUUAACACAUGUUUCUAUUAAUAUAAAAAAUAUUACUUUUGAAAAAUUUGAAAUGAUAAUUAAAAAUUUAUUUUAUCAACUUGAAAUUUUACAUAUCUCAACAAAUAAUGACAGUAUAUAUGUUGAUGCUAAUCGAUGGAAACAAUUAAUUUUAUCUUUUAUGCCAAAUAUACGAAUUUUUGAUUUUCAACAUGUUAAUUAUAUACAAAAUAAUAAUGAUAAUAAUAAGGCAAUAUAUGAUUCUAUAAUGGAUCAAUUCUCUUCAUCGUUUUGGUCAGAACGAAAAUGGCUUUUUGAAUAUCAAUUUUACGUACAACAAUCUCAAAACUAUGUGAUUUUCUAUUCAAUAAAUCAGUACAGGUAUACAGAUUUUGUCGAUCAUGUUGAUAUCCAUGGUGAAGAAGCGAUUAUGAGUUGUGUAAAUUAUUUUCAAAAUGCUACGAAAUUGACUCUUUCACAUAGUUUUGCUGCAAGUCGUGUAUGGCUUCGAAUUAUUCUCGAACAUAUCAUCCCUUUAAAACAAUUGACUACACUAGUCAUUGACUAUGAUGCUCUAUCUUUUAAUCAAUUGAUUAAAUUAUUACGUUUUACACCUAAUAUUCAUACAUUGACAUUCAAAUC